CCCCAAACUCUCUGGCCGUAUUUCUUCCUUAAGGGGCGACGGCAUCGAACCUCUUCAAUCUUUCUUUGUAAACCGAAUUUACCAAACCUUCCAAUAUAUUCUCCUUUUCCGACGGGGCCGUAAGGUACGAUAAACUCUUUUGCUACAGUUUGGUGCUCUUUAUCUUCCCCACAAUAAAUCGAAAAUUCUUCCUGUUGGUCCUAAUCCGCUUCAGUCCGGCAAGUUACAUCGUGUUUGUAUGUCGGAUGACAGGGCCAGCCACCGGCUUCCUGCUCAUCCAGUUUCUCCACAUUCUCUGAUUUGCACUAGCCAGACGGAACUGGCUGACAUUUCCCGCCAGGGUGCGAGGUCGCGAAGGAGUAAAAACCAAACAAAGCAAAAGUGAGACGAGGGAAGGGUCCCGUCAACCUCGAUUGGAGGUCGGGAGAAACCUCAGGUCUGCGAUCGAGAUUCCAAUCCGAGUAGCCCCUUUCGCUUGUAGGCCAAAGACUGUCUGUGCCUCCCCCAUUAUUACAAAUGAAGUGAUUGUGCCACGGUCCCCGCCCUCGAAGAGUCUGCCGUUGUUUAGAGAAUUUCCCAAGGUCUCCACCGGGGCCUACAAACCGGAGAAGACAGGGGCGGGGCUCUGCUGGGGGCGGGGCUACGCUGGACUCGGCGCGGCGAGCGCCACAACGCGAUGGCGUCACUGACGGCCCUCGAGUGCGUGGGCGGGGUCUUACUUUGAACUCAGUUGGCGGGAGUUGUGGCUCGGAAAGGGGCUUUGGCUGAUGCUGCAGGCUUCUAUCCGGACUGGUUUACGAUGGAGCCCACUGCGGGAAGCGAGAAGGAGAGUGACGGAGACGCGCUUACAGGGGAGUGCGGGAAUAGGAUCCCAGUGCCACGACCUCCCUCCAUUGAGGAAUUCACCGUAGUGAAGCCCAUUAGCCGUGGCCCCUUUGGGAAGGUGCUCGGGCAGAAAGGCGUUAGGUUGUACGCAGUGAAGGUUGUCAAAAAAGCAGAUAUGAUUAACAAAAAUAGGACUCAUCAGGUACAAGCUGAGAGGGAUGCCUUAGCCCUAAGGAAAAGUCCUUUCAUUGUCCAUUUGUACUAUUCACUACAGUCAGCAAACAAUGUCUACUUGGUAAUGGAAUAUCUGAUUGGUAGUGAUGUGAAGUCUCUCCUACAUGUAUAUGGUUAUUUUGAUGAAGAGAUGGCCGUGAAAUAUAUUUCUGAAGUAGCCUUGGCUCUAAACUAUCUUCACAGACAUGGAAUCAUCCACAGGGAUUUGAAACCAGACAAUAUGCUUAUUUCUAAUGCAGGUCAUAUUAAACUAACAGAUUUUGGCCUUUCCAAAGUUACUUUGAAUAGAGACAUCAAUAUGAUGGCUAUCCUUACAAGACCAUCAAUGGCUAAACCUAGACAAGAUUACUCAAGAACCCCAGGACAAGUGUUAUCUCUCAUCAGCUCUUUGGGAUUUUACACACCAGUUGUAGAAAAAAACAAAGACUCUGCAAAUAUUCUUUCAACCCAUGUAUCUGAAACAUCGCAGCUUUCUCAAGGACUAGUUUGUCCUAUGUCUGUAGAUCACAGGGAUGCUACUCCUUACUCUAGCAAACUACGAAAUUCAUGUCUUGAAACAGUUGCCUCCAAUCCCGGGAUGCCUGUUAAGUGCCUAACGUCUAAUCUCCUGCAGUCCAGGAGAAGGCUGGCUACAUCCAGUGCCAGCAGCCAGUCGCAUACCUUCGUAUCCAGUGUGGAGUCCGAGAGCCACAGCAGUCCCAGAUGGGAGAAGGACUGCCAGGAAAGUGACAAUGCACUGGGCUCUACAGUGAUGAGUUGGAAUAUAAUGGAAAAGCCUUCAUGUACAAAAUCAACCAAUGCCAUCGAGACCCAAGGUUUCAAUAAAAAGGAUCUUGAGUUAGCCCUUUCUCCCAUUCAUAACAGCAGUACCAUUGCUGAGACUGGAAGCUCUUGUGUAAACCUGGCUAAAAAAUGCCUCCCCAAGGAAGUUUCUUGGCAAGCAGGAGAACUGGAUAUAGAUAAUAUUCAUGUGGCCACUGACACAGCACAGUCUGGUUUUCACCAGUCAGAUCAGUGGGCUGUAGAUCCUGGUGACAGGACUGCAGAGCACCUUGGGAAAAGAAGUUUUAAAAGAACUUUUGAGUUCGUUGACUCUAGUCCUUGUCAGACCAUCAUACAGAAUAAAAAAAACUGUAUGGAGCAUGAGUCUAGAAAUGAAAUGAACGAUGGGUAUAUAAGCCAAAGGACAGGCUUAACAAUGGGAGUCCAAGGCCUGAAGCUGUCGGUGUGUGGGGGUCAGCGAGGUGACUGUGCCGAUAAGGAGAGCACGGCCAGUUCUUUCACUGAUAAACCACAAACCCCAGGAAAGUCACCGAUCCCAAUGAUAGCAAAAAACCUUCUGUGUGAACUGGGUGAGGAUUGUGACAAGAAUAAUAAGAAAGACCUCCUAAGUUCGAGUUUUCUAUGUUCCGAUGACGAGAGAGCUUCUAAAAGUAUGUGUAUGGACUCCGAUUCCUCUUUUCCUGGAAUUUCUAUCAUGGAGAGUUCAUUAGAAAGGCAGUCCUUGGAUCCAGAUAAAAGCAUCAACGAAUCCUCUUUUGAAGAAUCAAACAUUGAAGACCUACUUUCCGUAUCACCCAACUGGCAAGAAAACACCUUGCCAAAAGGCGAUGAGAAUCCUGCUGUCCAAGACGGUAGCCAAAAAAUGUUAGCUCCGUCUUCAGAGGUGCUGAAAACAUUAAGCUUAUCUAAAAGAAAUGCUGUAGCUUUUCGAAGUUUUAACAGUCAUAUCAAUGCAUCCAAUAACUCAGAGCCAUCCAAAAUGAGCAUUACCUCUUUAGAUGCAAUGGAUAUUUCCUGCAUUUAUAGCGGUUCAUAUCCCAUGGCUAUAACCCCUAAUCAAAAAGGAGCAUCCUAUAUGCCAUAUCAGCAGACCGCGAAACAGGUCAAAUCAGCAACUCCAUAUCGAACUCCAAAGAGUGUGAGGCGAGGGGCGGCCCCCAUGGAUGAUGGGCGGAUUCUUGGAACCCCAGACUACCUCGCACCUGAGCUCUUACUGGCCAGGGCCCAUGCGCUCACACUGCUAAUUUUAACCACAAAGCACUGGAAACCGCAAAACACUGGAAACUGUCAACGUUUAAGGUCAGGGCAUCAUCUCAGAGUCACGGAUCAAGCCCAACGUCAGGCUCGAGCUCAGCAAGGAGUCUGCCGAAGAUUCUCUCCCCUCUCUUUCCCUCCCCCACCUUGCUCCUCCUCUAGUCGCAUGCGUUCCCUCUCUCAAAGCCAUGAAAUAACAGGCCUUAGCAGUCGGGAACGGCAAGCGAUCUCGUAUGACAGGACUUUAAAUGCCAAGAAACAAGCGCAGCAGAGGUUCAGAGGGGGCCAUAUUUAA